AUGCAAACCCUUGUACGCUACUCCACCAUCUAUAUACCAACUAAAAAGCUACACCCGCGCCAAGCAACAGCGUUUAAAGAAACCGCUAAGCGCCUCGCCAACGCCUACCUUAACAAACCAUCCGAACAAGCAAUCCUCGACUUCCUACUGCUACCGCGGAUCCUCGGUAUAGGCCUCCAGCAAGGCAACUUGAACCAGAAGCUGCGUAACUACCCACAUAUACUCCCAGCACCUCCAGAGCAAGCCAACCAAGCACGCCCCGAGCCAAAAGAGCUGAACAGCUCGCUGCGCGCUAUAGAGCUACUCGAACAAGGCUUUCUCGGUCGUGCAUCACAGGCGCUCGUCGACCAGGCGCCUCUCGCAGAGCUCACUCCAGAACUCAAAGCACAGCUCUGCCAGAAGCACCCAAUCGGCCCCAAAGACCCCUUCCAGAUCAGAGCCCGCCCACACGCAGGCCAGCCUAUCAAGAUCGAUGCCAUCCGCACAGCGAUCCGUACCACCAGUAAAGAAAAGGCCCCUGGUCUCAGCGGCUGGACGCGCUCGCUUCUCGACAUUGCGAUAGCAGACGAAACAGACGGCUCUACGCGCACCGGCGUGCUCGCCAUGAUCCGCCACAUUGCAGAGGGCAUCCGACUAGCUACAGCGAAAGGCUCGCACCUCCUUACAGCAUCACGCCUUAUCGCGCUGGAAAAAGACGAUGGCGGUAUCCGCCCUAUCGCUAUCGGUGACAUGAUCUAUAGAAUCGCCAUGAAAGCUGUUAUCGCCACGCUUUUCCGCCCCGAGAUGCUGCUCCCGAACCAGCUCGGCGUCAGCUCCCCCGGCGGCGUCGAACCCGCUAUCUUUGCGCUCCAAAGCGUUAUUAUGAGCGACUCUACCGAAUUCGAUACUAUUACCUCGGCCGAUGAAAGCAACGCCUUCAAUAACCGCGACCGUACAACCAUCGCAACAGCAGUCCUCAACCAUGCGCCCACGCUGCUACAAGCCUCUGCCUGGGCACUUAACCACCCGGCGCUGCUCGUACUCUCAGACGGCACAGCUCUAGCCUCUGCGCAAGGCGUACGCCAAGGCGAUCCGCUCGCUAGCCUGCUCUACUCGCUCUCGCAGCGCCCAACUAUCGAAGCGCUCCAAAGAAAGCUGCCAAACUCCCGCAUUUUCGCUUACCUAGACGACCUCUACGUACUCGGUUCGCGUAAAGACCCGGAAAUCAAACCAGUACUCUUAGAAACCUUCACCGAGUACAACCUAGAACUCAAUAUUCGCAAGACCAAGGAACAUAGAAUCGAAGACCUUCGAACUACAGGCCUGCCAGUACUAGGCUCCUUUAUAGGACCACGAGCUGCCCGAAAAACGUUCCUCGAGAAGAAGAUCGACAAGUAUAACUCUAUUCUUCUCACCCUACGCACGCUGCCUAAACAGCAUGCAUUACUGCUACUCAAAGGUAGCAUUAACCACCUACUACGCCACUUGCUCCGCCAGCUCGACCCGCGCGGGCUCACAGAACUAUGGCAACAAGCCGAUGCCGCCACAAUCGCCGCACUAGGCCAUAUCGCGUCCCGCCGACUCCAGCCAAUCAAUAUAGAGCAUACUGCCUUAAUUGGUAUCCCAGCCCGCCAAGGUGGACUCGGACUCAUACUACACGCAAAAGUAGCAAAACAGCUCUACACAGCCGCUCGCGACGCCAAUACUACUACUACACAGUUCAUUCUACGCGGUAAAACAACACCUACCACGCUACUACUAGACGAACCCGCCCACCCGGCCGAAACAGCUCAAAGCGUGCUUAAGAGCUUCUAUAUAGAACAGCUUAAGAGUCUCGACUUAAUCUCCGAACUCGAGCCCCCAACACCAUGUUCACCGACGCCGAGAUUACCGAGGGACUCCGAAACAGGCUCUUAA